AUGCGCACCAGAGCAGUGAAUCCUCACGACGGCUCGCACGCAUGUAUAAUUCCCUUAGAGCUGCUGGAAGCGAUCCCGAUCGCUUCCAACAUUUUAGACUUGCAGCGUAUGUAAGAGGUCGUGGUUUUUUUUUUUUGGACGUACCUCACACGUCCGUGACCCUUUAGGGGUUAACUAGUACUACAUUAAUAACUACAAACUCAUCUGGAUAGUGUUUAAUAGAACUUCACUAUUUUGGAGCUUAUUGUAAAUGGUUUUUGUUCUAUGUUGGGGUUUUGUUUUACUAAUGUCUUAAUUUCAUUUGCCAGAAUCCACAAGCUGAUCUACAAGCCCAAGAUCGAUGUCAUCGAAUUGGGCAGACCAAACCUGUUGUAGUCUAUCGUCUUGUGACUGCAAACACUAUUGACCAAAAAAUUGUUGAGAGAGCUGCAGCAAAAAGAAAACUAGAGAAACUGGUCAUUCACAAGAGUAAGUUGUUUUAUAGUACUUCAUAAGCCAUGUUUGCACAAAGAAUAUGUACUAUUCUAGUAACCUUCUCACAGGUUCCCUUUCAGGGGACAUUUGAGGCGUUCAGGAUUGUGUAUUCAUGAUGUACCUAAGCCAUAUUUAAGAUUUUAAUUUAUGUACAAUUGCCCCUUUCUUUUUCUUUUUUUUUUUUAUUGCAUACUCACCAGUCUGUCAUUAUCAGGAGUUCUGAAUAGACGGUCAGCAAUUUAUAUCUUAAUCUUUUUAAAGGUUUUAGAAUGCAGCUAGAAUGAAUAAUGUUGGUAACCUUCCAAUGCUACCAUCCAUCUGGUUGAACAUAGUGUUUAAAAGUCUUGUGCAUUCAUAACUUCUAAGGUUAAGUAUAUUCACAAAAUCUCACAUUUUGAAAGAAGUAAGCUGCAAACUUAUGCAUUAGUUUUGUGUAAUGAUACUUUAAUGUGCAUGAGUGGUCACAUAAUCUAUAGUGCCAUAGGUUUGGUUUUGUUUUUGGCUUCAUUCUCUCUUCCCCCUCCAAUCCAAUUUUGGAAAUAAAACCAUUUUCUUUCCAUUAGACAAAUUCAAAGGUGGACAAACUGGGAUGAACCAGUCAAAGAGCUGCUUAGAUCCCAAAGAACUGAUGGAGUUGCUGGAAUCUCGCGAUUAUGAGAGGUAGGUAAACCGUGAUGUAAAUUUUUUCCAACAUUUAUACAAUUGCGGGUGCUGUGGUUUUGUGUAAUAAUGGGCCUGCUUUUUUUCUGCCCAACUGAGGUCAUAUUUUCAAAAUUUUCCUCCUAUCAGGGAAGUUAAAGGAUCAACUGAGAAAGUGAUUAGCGACAAAGACUUGGAACUGCUACUGGACAGAAGUGACCUUGUUGGUGAGUUAACUUAUGGCUCUUUGAACAUACAUGCACUUUCUAGUUCCUUACAGAUAAACUACAAAUAUAGUUCUGUGCAGUGGUGUACUAAGGGGGGGCAGCCAGUUGCCCGCCCUGGGUGCCACUGACUGGGGGGGGUGUCAUGACUUCCAGUGUCAUUUGUCACCCUCCCGGCCCCAAUCGUACGCAGCGCUGCUGUCAGUCCGCCUUCACGGAUCUUCAGCGCAAGGAUCCAGUGGUCGGUCUCGGAGGGAAGGCAUCAUCAAAACGUGAGUAGUAAUUUAUGUGAUGGGGCUAAAUUAAUUUAAAAGGGGGGUGUAUAAUUAAAGAAUUAAGGGGGGUGGAUUAAUUAGUGUGGGUGUGGAUUAAUUAAGGGGGUGCAGCGCAGGGAGGUUUAUUUAAGGGGGUAGGUUUAAUGGGGGUGCAGGUUUUUUUUUUAAUUAAUGGGGUUGCAGUAUUGUAUUAAGGGAGGAUGUGCACUGCAGAGUUUUGUUAAUGGGGUGUGCAGGAUUUUAAGGGGGGUGUGCAGGUUUUUUGUUAAAGGGGUUGUGCAAGUUUGUUUAUUUUUAUUUUUUUUAUUAAGGGGGAUGUGCAGUGUUUUUGUUUUUUAAUUAAGGGGUGUGCAGGUGUUUUAUGUGUAGGGAGUGUAUGAAAUUUAUGUGAUCAGUGUGCAGGGUUUUUAUAUGAAGGGGAAGGGGGUUUUCUAGAAUGGGCGAGACAAGGGGCUUUGUAGAAAGGUGCAGAGCAGGAGUUUUCUAGAAGUUUCUCACCUGCCCCUUUCUACAAAAGCACUGGUCUUCCCCCUUCUACAAAACUGGCACAUUUAUACAAAACUUCUGCCCUGGCCCCCUUCUACAAAACCUCUGCCCUAGCUGCUACAUCUUUUGAACCCAAAUCCUUUUCCUAUGCUGUUUCUAAGGAUCGGCUCAAUGAAGUAGUCUGAGUGCCAGGUCCCUCUAGUUUUAACCCUGCAGCUGAAAACAUAGCAGUUUCAGAGAUGUUUCACUGAGGGUUAAUCCAGCCUCUAGUGGCUGUCUCACUGACAGCCGCUAGAGGCGCUUCCGCAAUUCUCACUGAAAACUCACUGUGAGAAGACGCUGGACGUCCAUAGGAAAGCACUGAGUAAUGCUUUCCUAAGGGCAGUUUGAAUGCGCACACGGCUCUUGCCGCGCAUGUGCAUUCGGAUCUGCCGUCGGCAGGGGGAGGAGAGGUCACCAGCGCCGAGGGAGCCCGACGCUGGAGAAAGGUAAGUGGCUGAAUGGGUUUAAAGGGGUUAAAACCCCUUCAGCCAUUUAUCUUAAUCCAGUGCCGGGCUCCCUCGGCGCUGGUGAACUCUCCUCCCCCGCCGACAUCAGCUCCCGAGUGGCCUUUCUCAAUGCCUUCCUAUGGACGUUCUGCAAGCUGGAUGCGAUUUUUGCAUCUGGAGGGUUAAAAUCUGGGGGAGCUGGCACCCAGACCACUUCAUUGAGCUGAAGUGGUCUGGGUGACUAUAGUGUCCCUUUAAAUACCCUGGGUUGUCUACUUUUACAAAUGGUAUGCCAAGAUGGGAAAUAUAAGACAGAUAUCGCACUAGCGAACCCUAGAGCCAAAAUAAAUUUAGUAUUUUUCUGCAGAAAACACCAAUAUGAAGCGAAAUCGACCAAGCGGGUCUCAGCAACAAAAAAUUAAGAAGGCAAAAGAAAAGUCAGCUGAGGCGAUGUCUGGAUCAAUUUUAAAAUAUGUUGCACCUUCAACAUCUACCGCAGUAGGAGAAAGUGCUGAAGACAUUCAGUCUGUUGAAUCCAGAGGUGAAAUGCCUGAAGUAUCUUCUCAAGAAGCUUCAUAUGUGAAAGCGCAAGAAUUGGAGAAGAUCAUUUUAUCUUCAAGCGGUGAAAGUGAUGUAGAUGAAGGCGAUGCCAGCAGAAGCCUGCAUCAGCAAGACUCUGAUGAUGAUGAUGAAGAAGAAGAGGAGACUGUUCGACUGUCAGUUUAUUCUGAUGUUGCUGCUUGGCCAGUUCCAGUUCCAGAUGUUUUAAGAGUGGACCUUAUUAAGAGGGGAAGUGAACCUUUCCAAAAUAGAGAUGCCAUUCAGUCCUGUUGAAAGGCAAGGAGAGAAAUCAAAAGGGAAGAGUCGACAGUUGACCACUGCAUGGUUCUAUAAGGCUCUGCCUAAUGGCGAAAAAAUUCUUAGAACGUGGAUGGUGUACUCUCCAUCAAAACAAAGUUUGUUUUGUUUUUGCUGCAGACUUUUUGCUGUUGAUGACAAAGUAACAGGGGCAUCCAGUUUUGUUACUGGGUUUCAAUUGUGGUGGAAGCUGAACCCAAAGGUGUCUGAUCAUGAGGCUUCUGAGCAGCAUCUUACAUGCUUGGAGAAAUGGAAGACCUUGAGAGCAGGAUUGAAGCUACAAAAAUGCAUUGAUCAUGUCCAUCAAACAACAGUGGACAGAGAGAAAAGGAAAUGGAGGGAUAUUUUGCAUCGCCUUUUGGAUGUAACUUUGUUUCUGGCUCACCAGAAUCUUCCCUUUCGUGGUCCUAGAGAGACCAUGUCAUCCGCAACCAAAGGCAACUUCCUCGAAUUGGUAGAAUUGCUCUCAAACUAUGAUCCCAUUUUAAAGGAACAUUUCAUGAGGCUGAAACAUGCUGUUGCAUCUGGAAAGACAAUGUCUUCCUAUUUCUCUCCAAAAAUUCAGAACGAAUUAAUUUGUCUUUUGGGAAAUCAUGUGAAGGACAAAAUAGUGGCUGAUAUCAAGAAAGCAAAGUACUCUGGGAUUCUUUUUGACAGCACCCCUGAUGUGUCCCACACUGAUCAGAUGUGUGAAGUGAUCAGAUAUGUUCAUAUUGAAGGGGACCAUGUUGAAGUAAAGGAAUCAUUCUUGGGCUUCUUUCCUGUUGCUGAAAAGACUGCUGCUGAGCUCGAAGAAAAUAUCCUGCAACAUCUGGAGGAAGAUGGACUAGACAUAAGCCUUUGCCGUGGUCAAGGAUAUGAUAAUGCUGCAACUAUGGCAGGGAUUCAUGGUGGUGUUCAGGCAAAAAUAAGAGAUUAAUCCCAAGGCUUUGUUUAUGCCAUGUGCUAACCAUUCCCUGAACCUAUGUGCGUUGCACUCAUUUGGAAGUGUUGUUUCCUGUGUGACCUUUUUUGGAACAUUGGAGAGAGUGUAUUCCUUUUUUUCAGUGUCUACACAUCGUUUGGAAUUGCUGAUGGAAAAUGUAGGUGUGACAGUGAAAAGACUUUCCCAAACCAGAUGGAGCGCUCAUUAUGAUGCUGUGAAGCCAGUGAGGGCAAAUUUUGAAAAACUUACUUCAGCCCUUGAAAAAUUAUGUAAUCCCAAAGAAAAUGUGGACACAAGAGGAUCGGCUCAGAUGUUGCUGUCUGCCAUAUGUGAUUUUUCUUUUUUGUGUUACCUUUCUUUCUGGUGUGAAGUUCUAGAAGAAGUUAAUAUAACACAGAAAUAUUUGCAAACUGUGGGACUCACUCUUGAAAAGUGCAUUGUGAAACUACAAGGUUUGAAAGCGUUUCUAGCAGAUCAGUGCAGUGAAAUUGUGGAGAAGGCCAUUUGUUAUGCAACUACUACGUGUAAAGAAAUGGACAUUUCAAUGGAAAGAGGGAGAGUAAAGCUCCGUAAAACAAUGCCAGGAGAGAAGGCAAAGGACGCUGGUCUCACAUUGCCAGAGGGAACGAAAAGGGCUAUGUUUGAGUGCCUUGAUCGUUUUCAUCACGAGUUGGAAAUUCGUUCUCAGGCAAUGGAAAAAAUCCUUUCAAUGUUUGGUUGUGGCAACAGAGAAAGAUAUUCAUAAUUAUACUCCAAAGUUGACUGAGAUUUUUGACGAAUUCUCUAAUGAAGACCUCUUUAGGGAAAUUGAACGUCUUCGGAGGCAUUUGGAAGCUGCCAAGAUCAGUGUUGAAGAAGCAAAGAAAUGGACGGCAUUGCAGUUCCUGGAGUUCAUUGUUAAAUGGGAUUAUUGUGAAUCUCUGCCAAAUUUGUCUCUGUGUUUAAGAUUCUUUUUGACUCUCUGUGUCUAUUGCUUCAUGUGAAAGAAGUUUUUCCAAAUUAAAAUUGAUAAAUUUCUUUCGCUCAACCAUGAGUGAGACAAGGUUGACAAAUCUGGCUAUACUUUCAAUUGAGCAUGAAUAUGCAAGGAAGAUUGGCUUUGAUGAAGUAAUCGAUAAAUUUGCAGAAAUGAAGGCUCGAAGGCAGCGGAUGUGAAUCAUUGCACAUUACCUCUGCCGAAUAGACUGGUCACUUUGGAUCUGUUUUUUUUUGUUUUUGUUUUUUUUGUUUAUAGAAAGCGUAUUAACUGUUAAGUAAAUGUUAAUUAUUUAAAUUUUAUUUAUUUCUAAGUUAAUUUUUCAUAGUUCAAUUUUUUUUCAAGUUGAUGUGCAGUUUACAAAUUUUUGAAAUAAAUACUAUAAAACAUUGAAUUUUUUUUGGGUGUUUUCUUAAAUUUUUAUUAUUUGGGGGGGCGGGGCACACUCAGGGUCCGCCCCAGGUGCCAAAUGCUCUAGCUACGCCCCUGGUUCUGUGUGCUUAUUAUGUAGAACCACUGUGUUGUGGAGAUCUGAUCCUUUAUUUUAUUUUUUUUAACAAAUGGACUAUGGUUUACAGAAAUAGGCUCUUAUGAAUUCUGUAAUCUAGCAAUCGUUAUGGAGAAACUGUAAAUUGAUUUGAUUGAGUCCACAUGUAACUUAAGAUUCAUACAGUAACUGAUUUCAAAUUCAUCUUGUGUAGAUUAAAUGCAGUCUGUAUUAAACACACUCCCAGUUUCUACCUACUCUUCGCAAGGGGACUUGUCUUAGUUGUUUGUUCAAACAAUGUCUGCCCUCUCAUACAUCAUGUGGAAUAAUUUUUUUUUUUUUUUUUCCUUACUUUCAGCACAAAUGAAAGCCAAUGUUCUAGCUCAAAAAGCCAAGCAUGGGGUGUUCAAAGUUGUUGAAGACACAGAUGCCAGUGUGUAACGGGAAUCUAAAGAGCGACCUUUCCAAUGAAUACUGACCUUACUAGAACCCACUUAGGACUUUUAACCCAGUUUAAUGUGCAAAUAGCUUUAUGAAUCUGCAAAAAUGUUCUAGUGAAAUAGAAGAGGACUUCAGAUAUCCUCAUGCUUAUUACUGCACUUUUACUUGAAUUCAAGAUCACUGUCAUGAACACUCUUCCUGUGGAAGCCUUUCUAAUUACAUGUGUACUGUAUUUUUGUUUCAAAUGAUGGUUAUAUUGUAAUUUGUGUUUAAAUAAAAAUCAUUUUAAAUGUGCUGUGUGUCUAGAAGAGUUCUUGAACACUGUCUACUUACAUUUUGGUUUUCAAAUACUUGCAUUGCCUAACUAUGGCAGAAUACAUUUUUCACCUAAAUAAUUUCUAUAAACAACUUUUAAAGGGACUUUUUGCUUUUUCCUUAAGUGAGUCUAGCCUGAAUUGUAACUUUUUAUAUAUUUUGUUCAGCUUUUUCUUUCUCUUCAGUAUGUCUAAUCCUGAGACUGCGGAGAGCGCUUCAGAGAGGAGGAAAUGGUCUG